CGUGGUCUCAGGCGCUGCUGAAAGUGCCCCCUAGGACUCCCCUCCAGGGCGGGGGGACGCCACGCAGUACGUGGGGAGGGUGGGUCUCCCACCUGGGUACUUCUGGCCCAACCCCUCAUGGCUGAGGGCGGGCUCUGAGGCCCAGAGAGGGGAGGUCGCCUCCCUAGGAAGCGGUGGUCUCAGGGUUGAAGCUAGAACCCAGGCGUGGGACCUGGCUGCAGCCCUGUGCUGUGUGCACCUUGCCCACCAACCGCCUCAGGUGAGCUCAGGUGCGGGCUUCGGCCUGGGGGCUCGCUUCCUGGUACCGGCGGCCCCGCCCUGCGCCCUCCCCCUCCCCCUCCCCUCCCCCUAGGCGGGCUCUUCGGGCGGCGCGGGGUGGGCGGGGCGGGCCUGCGGGCGCCGGCCUGGGCCCUACCCGUGGCGGGCGGAGCGGGGAAGACCGGGUCGGGUCGAGGGCCCAGCGUGGCGCCCAGGGCCAUGGAGCCGCGGCCCGGGGCGUGUGCGGCGGCGCUGGCUGCGGCCCUCCUCCUGCUGCUGGGUGCCCAGGGCCAGGGCAGCGCUCCCAGCCCCAGGUGUGACUGUGUGCACAGCUUCCAGAUGAGGAGUGGUCUGGUCUGCUGCGGGGGCUGCCCAGCAGGGCACUACUUGAAGGCCCCCUGCACAAAGCCCUGUGGCAUCUCCACCUGUCUCCCGUGCCCCCGGGGCACCUUCCUGGCCUGGGAGAACCACCACAAGACCCGCUGUGCCCGCUGCCAGGCCUGUGAUGAGGAAGCCUCCCAGGUGGCCCUGAAGAACUGCUCUGCGGUGGCGGACACCCACUGUGGCUGCAAGCCAGGCUGGUUCAUGGACUGCGUCGUCAGCCAGUGUCCCCACAGCUCUCCCUUUCGCUGCCACCCGUGCCCAGACUGUGAGGCCGUGCACCGCCGCACGCGGGCGCCCUGUUCCAGCGGAGACACUCACUGUGGGACCUGCCUGCCCGGCUUCUAUGAAUACGGCAACAGCUGCGUGUCCUGUCCCACGAGCACCCUUGGGGGCUGUCCUGGGCCGUGUGUGGCUGUCUGUGGCUGGAGGCAGGUGUUCUGGGUCCAGGUGCUCCUGGCAGCCCUGGUGGUCCCACUCCUGCUUGGUGCCACCCUGACCUACACAUACCGCCGCUGCCAGCUUUGCAAGGCCAUAGUUCCUGCAGGUGAAGCUGGGGUGGAGGCCCUGACCUCGCUGCAGGCCACCCACCUCUCACCCCCGGACAGCAGCCCCACCCUUCUGGUAACACCCAGCAGCGGCGAGAAGGUCUGCACCGUCCAGCUGAUAGGCAGCAGCUGGACCUCUGGCUCUCCCCAGGCCCAGGAGGCGCCCUGCCCGGAGGUGACGUGGUCCUGGGACCAGCUGCCCAGCAGAGCUCUUGGCCCGCCGCCCCCGCCCUCGCCGGCGCCCCCUGCAGGCUCGGCGGCCGCCAUGCUCCAGCCGGGCCCGCAGCUCUACGACGUGAUGGACGCGGUGCCCGCGCGGCGCUGGAAGGAGUUCGUGCGCACGCUGGGGCUGCGCGAGGCGGAGAUCGAGGCGGUGGAGGUGGAGGUCGGGCGCUUCCGCGACCAGCAGUACGAGAUGCUCAAGCGCUGGCGCCAGCAGCAGCCCGCGGGCUUGGGCGCCGUCUACGCCGCCCUGGAGCGCAUGGGGCUGGACGGCUGCGCCGAGGACCUGCGGAGCCGCCUGCAGCGUGGCCCGUGACGCCGGGGCCCACCCGCCACUGCGAGGCUCUGGUGGCCCUUGCAGAAGCCCUAAGUACGGUUACUUAUGCGUGUAGACAUUUAAUGUCACUUAUUAAGCCCCUGGCACGGCCCUGCGUAGCAGCGCCAGCCAGCCUCACCCCUGUGCGCCCCCAAGGUUCCAGUAAAGGCGAGGAAGCGCCAACGACCAUCAGCUGUUUUUCGGCCUGUGUUUGGCUGAGGCCUUGGUAUUAUUAAAAAUCUAUGAAGAAAAGCUGCUGCUUGGUGUUU